CGGACUCCGAGACCGGCAGACCUCGGCGAACCCUCGCUCUUGACCACCCAGCGACUCUCUGAAUCAUGGCCGCAGUGGCAGCAGCCUCGGCAGAACUGCUCAUCAUCGGCUGGUACAUCUUCCGCGUGCUGCUGCAGACCCUGUCCCCAGUGCGCCGGCGCCCGGCCGGGAACAAAGACUCAGGGGUGCGGCGGUCGCCCGCUGCGGACGAUCGCGACCAAGGCGGUGUUCAGGUACUCCCUGCAGAAGCUGGCGCACACGGUGUCCCGGACCGGGCGGCAGGUGCUGGGGGAGCGCAGGCAGAGAGCCCCCAACUGAGGGCCCAGCUCCCAGCCCUGGGCGGCCGUGUCAUCAGGUGCUCCUGUGCCUCUCGACCAGCAUGGGAGCCAGUGCCGCGCAGGAAUGGGGGUUCCCCUGUGCUCCCUCGUCAGAGGAGCACUUGCCAAGGUCAGUGAGGGGCCGGUAGGCCCCCGGAGAAGCAGCACCGACAAUGAUGAAGACAUCAGUUCCCUUCCCAGCCCCUUUGCCCCCAUCCCUCUACUGGCGGGUGGGAGAGGAGGGGGAAAACGGGAGCAAACCCUCGAGAUAUGGGCGUAGGCACCACCUUCUGUGGACCAAGUCGGACCACCACCAUCUCAACCGCACGAGAGAUCCUCGCACAGAGAUUCAACACACCACCAAAAAGCAGAAUGGACACUGACAUCACCAGCUGAAGCCUUGAAUCUUGGAGCAGAAGAGAAAGCAUCAAUUGCGAGCUGCGUGAAGGGACUGGAGGGCGUGGGUGAGGGGGGAAGAAGGUUGAGAAAUUCAGUGGGGCCCUCUGGAUGUCCCUUGCCUACAGUGCACACAUUCCUGCCUUGCUCCCUUACUCCCCUUAUUCUCCUGCCUUCUAAACCCCUCCCCAAAAUGCAUCACUUGAUUCGGACCUAUAUAUACAA